AUGUUAUUUGUAGUUAAAUGUCCGAUCUGUUCAAAAAAGUUAAAUCGAGACGACAUGCAGGAGCAUUUGGCGAAUUGUCUUUCAAAACCUCGACUUACGUAUAAUGAGGAUAGACUUCAAUCAGAUAGCGGUGAAUGUGUAAUAUGUUUCGAAGAAUUAGUAGCGGGUGAAGUAAUUGCUAGACUGCCUUGCCUUUGCGUGUAUCAUAAAGCGUGUAUUGAUAAAUGGUUUGAAGUAAAUCGUGUUUGUCCUGAACAUCCGGACUUUAAAUAUGAGGAUUAUCAGGAAAACCUGAAUAUGAAUUAA